GGGUGGAAGUUUCUGUAAAAUGGAAAGCAGGGAGCCGGUCCUUAUGAUUGCUCAUGUGCAAAUCAGAAAACAACUGGCCCUGAAAAGGCCACACCGUUGCUUACACCAGCCUUCCCGGUGUAAGAGUUUUCUGGGAAACAUGUGUUUGAUGGUCCCGAAUAAACCCGUAACAUAACGCAGACUCUGAGCAGCAUUUUGGUUUGGUGCGUCCCGCUCGGGGAGGACAGCGGCGGGAGGAACCUGGGGCUCUCUUCUCCCGUUAUCAGGCCAGCCCCAGCAUGUCCCCACUCCUUAUCAGCCCUGGCAGAGCUGGCUCCUGCCACGCGGAGCCUCCAUACAUCCUUCCUCUGUUCUAUAGGGGCCGGCCCCGCUGCUGCCUGCUUUGCACGUAAAGAGGGGCCACGAGGCACGUCAUGACACUGGCGGGCUGGGCAGGACAGUUGCCAUAGGCGCAGCCAGGAGAGGAGAUGCUGGACCUCGUUGUUCUGGGCCUCCAUUUCUUCAUCUGCUUUCUCGUCUCCCUGGCCAUCUGGCGUGGGCCUAAGGAUGUGGAUUUGCACAGCUCAGACACAGAAACUGUUGAAAGGGAGCCAGACGGUCUUAUAUUAAUUGGCAAAGAAGAUGACAUAAAGAAGUCCCAAAGAAUAACAGCCAAAGUCAACGGCAGAGAAGUUGUUGUUUUCUACCAUGAGGGGAAAUUUCAUGCUAUGGACUCCCGCUGCUACCAUGAAGGAGGUCCUUUAUGUCUUGGAGAAAUAGAGGAUAUCAAUGGUCAAGCAUGUAUUAUUUGUCCUUGGCAUAAGUAUAGAAUUACUUUGGAAACAGGAGAAGGAUUAUAUGAAGGAAUAAACCCUUUGGAACCAUCACCAACACCACAGUGGCAAUCAAAAGGAGUCAAACAAAGGAUUCAUAAAGUCACAAUAGACAAUGGAAAUGUUUAUGUGAGUCCUCCAGAUUUGUCUGUAAGCUUUGACUCUGAUUAUUUUGCUGACAAGUACAAAAAUAGCGGUGGUUUAGCUAUGGAAAAACAAAGCAACUCACAAGCAGCAGAGUAAGUCAUGCCCAGAAAGCAGAAUCCUGGUGAAUGCCCCACUGAAGAACCAUUGUUGUGAAAUAAAAAUGUACUGUGGCUGUGAAGAUUGUCUCCAGAUUAAACUCUAGUGUUAAUGUUAUGUUAAAGCACUGAAACACGUAGAAUGGAGCAAGUUAAGAAACUGCACUGUCAGAAAUGUGGCUGAUCUGGUGCCAAUGAUUUUUGGUUUUUGCACUUGCAUUUCAAAAAGACUUAUUUCCAGCAGAUGCUUCAUAAUAUCUGAUAUUGUAGAAAUAUUCAAAUUUUGCUAGAAUUGUUUUAAUUUUUAGGAGGGAAUGUAGUAUAUCACUGCUUAUAAAACACAUUACAUAGUUUAAGGUUAAUGGUCAGGUGUAAAGGUUAUGUUUAUAUAAACAGUUUAUACUUAGAAUGCCUUCAGCAUAAAUGACAUGGAAAUUUUAAACUUUAUAGACAUGCAAGCUAUCUCUGAAUAUUUAAGUGCCACAAAGAGACGUACAAAACUUGAGCAUAUUUUCGUGAUGUUCAUUAUGCCUAUCAGUGUAUUGAUACCAUGAGUCUGUAGAAGAUUUAUUUUCCUUCUCCUCACUGAGACCCUUUUGGUAGUUCAUCAAAUAAUGUGUCAAGCAUUUGUCACAUGUAGCUUGUUCUUGCUGAUUCUCUUGGAUAUUCUCUUGGAUAGCUGUUGGGUAUGAAAACCUGAUAUGUAACAUAGUGGCUCAUUUUGUUUGUUUUUAUGUAUUGUAAAUGCGUUUUUAUACAUUCCUUUGAAAAAGUGUUCUUUCUGUUUAGAGCCAAAAGUUAGGUUUCUGUGCGUGUGUUCACUGUAUAACACCUGCUUUGCCCCAGUAACCCCUCAGAGCUGUGCUUGGGCUGGGCGAUGGGACACAGUGGGUUCCCCUGCCCUGCCCAUGGGUCCAGAGAGCAGAGAUAUCCCACGAACGCAUCCUUUUGCAUGGCUGCAAUUCUUUGGGGUGCAUUUUUGGGUGAUUUGUUGCCUGUUGGCAAACUCUGGUCAUAAUCAGGCUCAGUUUGAAGUCACCUGGUCUUCACCUGUAAGUUUCUCUUGUGCAUGCAGUGGGUUGUCUUGUUUUUGAGGAAUGUGAAGGGUAAGUAGGUCUGUGUCAACACUGUUGUCCAUAUAAAGGUAUUCAAUGGUUGUGAGGCAUAGGGAGGUAUCAAAGGAAAAUAUCUGUGCUGGAUUGAUGACAAUCAAUGUAAAAAACAAAGCACACAAUCAGUUUAUUUCACCACAUUUAAAUCUAGAUGCCCACCUCUGAUCAAACCUCCUGACAUUGUUUCCAGGGUUGACAAGGAGAAGUGGCAACUCCAAAGUGCUGC